CCAUAUUGAAUAAGGAAAUAAGAGUGGAAGAAGAGGAGGAACGUCCCGGAUGCAUGUAAACAUCCACGUCAACAGAAAGCGUAUUAAUGAAACAGUUAUAGGGGCACGGAAGAGCGUAAAUAUAGGGAUUAUCGGCUCUGGCGGAUGCACAGUUAAAAGACCGUUAAACGCGGUGGUGUUUUUAGGUUUGCGCGAACAAUGACUUCCCUCACGCAGAGAAACUCGGGCCUGGUGCAGAGACGGACCGAGGCCUCGCGUAGCGCCGCCGCCGCGGAGAAGGAGAAGAGCCCCGGCGAGGAUGAGCACGAGUCCCGCCGCGGAGAAGAGGACGAGGAAGACAAGGGAGACUCGAAGGAGACGCGGCUGACUCUGAUGGAGGAGGUGCUGCUGCUCGGCCUGAAGGAUCGAGAGGGUUACACGUCGUUCUGGAAUGAUUGCAUAUCUUCUGGACUGAGGGGCUGUAUGCUGAUUGAACUGGCCAUAAGAGGACGCUUGCAGCUGGAGGCGUCCGGGAUGAGGAGGAAAAGCCUGCUGACCAGAAAGGUGAUCUGUAAAUCGGACGCCCCAACCGGAGAUAUGCUGCUGGACGAGGCUCUGAAACACGUCAAAGAGACCCAGCCUCCGGAGACGGUCCAGAGCUGGAUCGAGUUGUUAAGUGGUGAAACCUGGAAUCCGUUGAAGCUGCAUUACCAGUUACGGAACGUGCGCGAGCGCUUGGCUAAGAACUUGGUGGAGAAGGGCGUGCUCACCACGGAGAAGCAAAACUUCCUGCUUUUUGACAUGACCACCCACCCGCUGACCAACAACACGGUCAAGCAGCGGCUGGUGCGCAAGGUCCAGGAGGCCGUCCUGGAGAAGUGGGUCAACGAUCCCCAGCGGAUGGACAAGCGUCUGCUGGCGCUGCUGUUCCUGGCGCAUUCCUCCGACGUCCUGGAGAACGCCUUCGCUCCUCUGCUGGACGACCAGUACGAUCUGGCCAUGAAGAGGGUGCGGAUGCUUCUGGAUCUGGAGCCCGAGGCCGAAGCUGCCAAGUCGGGCGCCAACGAGCUGCUGUGGGCCGUGGUGGCCGCUUUCACCAAAUGAACCUCCAGAGCCGAGAGAAACGGACUCCACUUUGUGCUCGUGGCGUUGGACUCGGAGCGCUGGCCCCAAGCUCGGUUGAUUCGGACUAAUAUUGGUGAUGGUGAUGAUGGAAAUACGAAUUUUGAAGGUUGCUGACGAGGAGGAUACUCGGAAAGGGACGGCUUUGUCUCAUUGUCACAGAUUUGUCUUCUCUGACCUUCACAACGGUGUUGCCCUGUCUACUUCAAAACGGCCAAUAGUUGCUACAUGAUUGCAAUUCACUGUGAGGCUUCUUGUAGUUCACGCACUUAGAUCAUAAAGUAAAAAACAAAAAAAAGAGCGCAUUGAGGGAGGCGGGUCUGUAUUUAAUAGGCCGCGACUCGAAUCUCGGUAUAAUUCUACAGUUAUCUCAAACUCUGUGUAUAAGGAGUUCUCGAACGCACAGGUUUGUCGUGGUUGCACAAAAACGCCCCGUUUCUGGUUGUAUUUGCAUAUUCAGCAGGAAAUUAAAUGGGCGUCGAGUUGAAGGAAAAUAAACCGCUUCACAUUUCAAAAGACUGAAAAGCGAGCGCCGGGUUUUCUCCGGUGCUCUAAAGAAAACGCCGCUUCCUCGCAAGUCUUCUUUCCAGAAAUGCUCGAAGAAUAAAACGUUCUAAUGUGUGCUGAUGAUUCAGUUUUUUCUUGUCGUUUUUUUUUUUUUUUGGCUUGGUGGUCGGCCCGUGUAUGAACUCCACGGGGAUCGUUCUAUUCCUCUCAGCCUUUCUGUUCUUGGUUGGGCUGAUCGAAUCUGGUUCGUCUCUCCAAUGCAAGAUCGGUCCGGUCUGAUAACGCGCCACAAACCAGGCGAGGAAGCGCAGAGCUCACGAAAACACCUUAAAUCAAACGCACGGGUUUAAGUUGCCUCGUAACUUCGGUUCAUUUCACGCUAAAGGCCAGUCAAACACUAGCACAGCCCCUGCUUUAAGAAAAGCCUUUUCAUAGUGAUCCCUGCAUCCAUGUAGCCGUCUCCUCACAUGCACACAUAUAUAUAUAUGGUUUUCUUCAUCUCAAUCUCUCGCUAUAUUUCCAAUUUUUGUACCAUGUUUUUAAUCCUUUUUAUUUUGUUCCUUCCUUUAGCCGUUAGCACAAUAUUUCAGAGUCGUUUGUCCUGUUUUUGUUCGUCUCUUGUUCUGAAGGAGGACAGGUAAAGCGCGGGACGGGGAUACGCUCUUCCUCUGAAAGCACGCCGGUCUUUGACAUGAUGAUAUACUGUUAGUGAACAAUAAUUAAUGAGCUGUAAAAGUAGAGAUGGUGUGAAACGGACGCCCUGAUUUGUACAUCUGCUUUUUAUCAUAUAAUAAAGGAAUAUCUUUAAGUGCCUGGAAGGUAUAUGAAUAUUA